AUGGUUGACCUCAAGCAAUUCUUCAUUGGUUUGAGGCGCAAGAAUAUUCUUUCUCUAGAUUCCACAACUAAGGUGCUUGUUAUCUUUAUCAAUCACACGAGUCCCAGGCCUUUAAAUACUCAGAGUUGUAGACCAGUUGCACAUCACAUCAACCUGAUCCAGUCUGCGAUCUUUGGACUGUUUCUAACGUUGCUGACAUCCAGUGCCUAUACCUGCAUCAUGCUGCGUUCUCUGGUUCUUGUUUUCUUGGUUGCUGCCUUUGGAUACGCCGCCGCUGAAUGGAGUGGAUUUUCUUCCUCCUACUUAGACGUAAAUAUCCCAGACUGUAUAACUGCAUCUGUAAAUUCCAUUGAGGAGUUCUACAUUGUGCUUAACAAAUUAAAUCUUAUGGCCAUAAAAAAAUUUGGUUUAGAAGCGUUCAAAAACUAUUGGAACUCUCCAGAUUUUCUAAGCAGCUUAGCAAAACUAUUAAGAAUAACUUUGUCGGAGCUAUUGAGCUAUCUAAACUUACCACUUCUUCAUGGAUUAACGGGCAAUUUAAGUGGAGACUCUGCCCUACUCAAAAGCUUAACUUCAGGUUUACAACUUGUUUAAGAUGAUGGUAUCCACAGCAUCUGAUCUUUUCGGCUAAUUAAUGUUGAUACGAAAAAUAAUGUAGAAUUUCUAGAUAUUUUCAAAAAAAAAAAAAUCCUUAUUUUCUAAUGAUCACGCCUAGAAUAUCAGUUUAUUCUUUAAAAAAAAUAACAAUAAAGUAAUGUGAAGAAAUCAUU